AAUAUUUUUGACGAAAAUGUAUUUAUAAGCAAAAUGUGAUUUAUUGUUUACAAAACUAAAACAACAUUUAAAUAAUCGGUUAUUAAAUAAGAAAAUUAAAUAAAAUAGUUGUGUUAAGGCCUGUAAAAAAAAAGUGCAUAUUUUAUGUGAAUUUUUAAUUAGAAGAAAAAAUAUUAUGGAGCAAGUUGAUUCCGCCGAAAUUCACUUAAGUAGGAUACGCGAUGUAAAAGAUUUAGGUAGUCUUGGUGAUGAUGCACGAGAUAUUGUAAAAGAGGAAGAAGUUAUUCUUGAAACCACAGCUCAUCACCAAUUGGAUACAAAAAUGCGCAUGGUCACAUCAUCGAAUGAAAACAGUGGCAGUGGCGGUGUUGUGUCAGUUCCCGUAAACUUACCAAUAGGUUCAAUGAUUACGGGCACUACAUUUAAUAUGAUUACACAAGACCAACUACCAAAUUUUAAACAAAUGUUGUGUGUGGACAACAAUGGUUAUAUAUCAGGCGGUACUGUGGUAGGCAAUGUUGGUGGUGACUUAAAAACCAUUGUCAUACAGCAACAACCUGGUGGUAGUGGAGGAAAUCAUGACGGUUCUGGAAGCAACAAUAGCCAUGACAGUGCCGCAACGGGUGAUCAUCCAGCGCAAGGGUCCGCCUCAGGGAAUGUGAGUUGGGCUGAUACGAAUCACGUGGAAGUCUUUGCUAUACGUUGUAAAACUACAACUGCUGAAUUACAUCGUAGUAAAUUAGGUUCUGGCGGACGUGGACGUUGUGUAAAGUAUAAGGAUAAAUGGUACACACCUAGUGAAUUCGAAAAUGUUUGUGGUCGUGGCUCCAGUAAAGACUGGAAACGUUCAAUUAAAUAUGGCGGUAAAUCCCUGCAAUCAUUAAUUGACGAAGGAGCGCUUACACCUCACGCGACUAAUUGUUGUUGCACUGUCUGCUGUGAUGAUGAAGCCGCGUCGGGGCCAGUACGACUUUUUACUCCUUAUAAACGUCGAAAGAGAAAUCAAGCAGAUGAAGAUAUAGAUUCAGGUCCAAAACGUAAAAGAAAUAACAACACCAACAACAACAAUAACAGCAUCGAACAACAACCAGCUACCACUGUUGUAGAUGAGAACAAUAUGUUCCUUGCAGAAGAUAAUAUUGCAUCAAAAGAUGAACCAUGGCCAACACUCAAUGACAGUCUUGAUACCUCCACUGAGCUUGUUGAUCAGUCACAAAUUGGAAAUCCUUACGAGAGAGAAACAUUUGUAGUUAAUAUCAGUGAAGCAGGCUCAAUUUCUUUCAUGGAUAACAAUCAAACUAUGAAAAAUCUUGAAAAUGUUUAUUGCACAAUGGUGAAAGCUACCAAUGACUUUAAGCGCAUACUGACCGACUUGAAGAAUUCGUAUGAUCGUAAAAUCGAGAUAUUGCAAAAAGAGAGAGAUGCAGCUAUGGCAGCAAUGCGUGUACAAGUACAUUCAGAUUUAGAUGACCCCAACAUAGCGGGAUCACUGCAUGGAAACGAAAUUAUUUCAGCAAAAAAAUGUGCGAACUGUAAUCGAGAAGCUCUUGCGGAAUGCUCCUUAUGUCGGAAGACUCCAUAUUGCUCUGAGUUCUGUCAACGGAAAGAUUGGAAUGCUCACCAAGUUGAAUGCACACGGAAUCCAGCGCAGACUGCGACACAACAAAUUAUGCUAUUGGUGGAUGAACAGUCUUAACUGAUUUGUACAUAUUCAAAUAAAUUCAAAAACCUUCUUUUUACAAUUGAAGAAUAAACAUAAUUAAAAAAAUU